CCCACCCUCGGUCCUAGCCGGACGCGGUAACAAGAUGGCGGCGGCCAUAGCUUUAGCGGGGCUGAGGAGGCGGCCGGGUGGCGUGUGGGGCGCGGGGGCCCGGCGGCUGCUACAGGCGACUGCCCGGCAGGUACCGGUAACGGGGGCUCAGAGCCAGUCCCAGGACAAACCUGAGACCCACCACCCCCCUUAUCCCGGGAUUGUGGAAUCCACUGAAGAAUAUAAAUUUGUGGAGAGACUCAUUCCACCCACCAGAAUUCCUGCUCCCCCCAAACACGCCGAGUACCCCACCCCGUCGGGCUGGAGAGCCCCAUCAGAUACUCCACCUGCCCUUCCUUACUUUGUGAGACGGUCCCGCAUGCACAACGUUCCAGUCUAUAAGGACAUCACCAGUGGCAAUAGGAGGAUGACUGUUAUCAGGAAAAUCGAAGGAGAUAUCUGGGCCCUGGAAGAGGAAGUUAAGGAGUUCCUCACUCAGCUUGCUGGGAAACCACCACCUAUUCAAGUCAACGAAAUCACCUGCAGCAUCCGUAUCAAGGGCUAUUUUGACAAUGAACUGAAAGAGUGGUUGUUGAACAAGGGCUUUUAAAUAAACCAACUAUCCCGUUUUCUUUGUGCUGAUGGAUGCUAUCUGUCCCCUUCUGAGGAAGAUGUGUUUUCUUGCUCAGAUCUAUCCUAGCCCCAGAUGAACCAGUCUUAUUUUUUAUGCAACAGCAGCAAGUGUCCACAUAAUGUCCUAUUAGCACAAUGCUUUUUGCCAAGAGAGGGAGCUGUACUAUAACAUCCAUGUGAAAGUGAACAAAACUCCAUCCUCUGCUGCGCUGAAGAACAAGGUCUGAUUAAUUGCACAUUUAUUUAUACCACAUGAAAUGUACAGGAAAAGUUUACAAAAUGACCCUUCCCUGGGUGCCUGUUCCAAUAAAAUUAAUAAAAAAAAAAGUUCUGCUC